AUGGAAAAGGAAGAUGGAAUGGUACCCAGGCCUUCGACGUCGACUUCGACUUCAUUAAUGACAUCUGAAAAUGCAUUUGGCCCUCCAAAUGAUUACCAUCAUAAUUAUGAUUCAAAUAUGUCCUACCCUUCGCCUCCUGGUAAUCCGGAUAACUUAAGGCCAGAUUUUUCAGCCGGUGGAGAGUAUGAAGAAAAUGUUGAAAUGUUAUUUGACAUAAAUGAAGAUUUAGAUUUAGAGGAUACCACUGUUGUGUCAGAUGAUGAGGUACGGGUCAGAGCACCAAGAUCGGGUAUGGAAUUUGGUAGUGAGAAGGAGGUUAUGGACUAUUAUAAGAAAUAUGCCAAGCAAGAGGGGUUUGGUGUAAGGACACAAAGGACUAAGAGAGAUGAUGAUGGGAGAUCUGUGUAUAUCACUAUUGGUUGUGCCCGUGGCGAAAAAUACGUACCUAAGAACAUCAAUAUGUCGAAGCCAAGUGCAACAACUAAAACGGAUUGUAAAGCAAAGAUAAAUGUGACGUUGAACAAGAACGAGAAAUGGGUGAUCACUACAGUCGAAAGUGCGCACAACCACAUUACUAUCAGCCCCAAGAAGACAAGACUCUUGCGAUCUCACAAGCUUCUUGAUGAGCACAGUCAAAGGAUCAUUGACCUCAAUGACAGAGCCAGAAUUCGAAUGAAUAAGAAUUAUUUUUCUCUUAUCGUUGAGGCGGGUGGUUAUGAGAAUCUAGAGUUCCAAGAGAGGGAUUGUCGGAAUUUCAUUGACAAGGCUAGACAUCAAAGGUUGGGUAAAGGAGGUGGCGAUGCCCUUUACGAGUAUUUUCAGAGGAUGAGAAAUCAGAAUGAUGGCUUCGUUUCUUCCAUGGAUGUCGAUGAUGACGGAAGGGGCGGGGUUGACACGCAUUCCUUUGUUUGGUUGUUCUGCACAUGGUUGGAUUGCAUAAACGGUCAAGCGCCCAAAGCCAUCAUAACAGACCAGGACCGAGCAAUGAAGAAUGCAAUCCACAUGGUAUUUCCAGAAACCCGCCAUAGAUAUUGUCUAUGGCAUAUAAUGCGCAAACUUUCAGAGAAACUAGGAUCUCACUCCCAUUUCAGCACAGGGUUGAAGACUUCCAUUCAGUCAGCAUUGUAUGAUUCACAGUCCUGCACGGAAUUUGAGAAGAGGUGGGGUGAACUUCUUGAUAAGUAUGAUCUGAGGAGUAAUAAUUGGCUCACGUCCUUAUAUGAGGAGAGGACUUUUUGGGUCCGGGUUUACUUGAAGGAUGUAUUUUGGGCGGGUAUGAGCACGACACAACGGUCAGAAAGCAUGAAUGCUUUCUUUGAUGGGUAUGUCCAUUCUGGUACCACCUUGAAGGAAUUCGUGGACCAAUUUGAUAAUGCUUUGAGAAAGAAGGUUGAGGUAAAGACAACGGCGGAUUUCAACUCUAGUAACCAAAUCAUCCCAUGCAUUUCCCCUUUCAACUUUGAGAAACAGUUUCAGAAGAUGAGGGAAAUUUUAUGUAGGCAUGCACUUAAAGUUUUGCAUUUUUCCCGAAUUAACGUCGUGCCAGAUAAAUAUGUCUUGGCCCGCUGGAGGAAGGAUGAGGAGAGGACGUACACAUUGAUCAAAAGUACUUAUGAUGAUGUGCGUGGGAGUGGAGACUGUAGGAGGUAUGAAAGGGUGGUUAAAAGAUGCAUGAAAUUAGCAACUAAAAUAUCCACAAGUGAACAGAAAGUCAAUGCAUUCCUGCGCGUUGUUGAUGACUUUGAUUCGAAUUGUGAUGAUGAUACAUUUGGUGGGAGAUCCGAGUCAAGAGAGGUUGGACCUAACGUUCUCACGGAUAAAAGUAAGAAGAUAUUAAGCCCCCAUGUGGUUCGAGGGAAAGGAAGACCCCCAAGUAAGAGAAAGGUUCCGCCUGUGGAGAAGAUGACAAGAAAAAGAAAGGCUUGCAGGAAAUUAUUCGUUGAUGACACUGAAUUGUCUGCCACCCCAGGAUCCCUUCACCACCAAACUGAUGAAGGAAUCGGUGUUGGGACACAAAACAGCAUGAUCACAGAGCAUAUGCCAUUAGGAAAUCAGGAGAAAGCAGUUUUUGUGGCUCUUCGUAGUGUUGUUGUGAGCAAAGUGAAUAUGCCAAAGCAUCUACCAAAUCUAGCCCUUCUCUUGAUGCACGAAAAGAUGUAUAGAUUGGAAGCUCACUGUCUCAGAAGGUGGUUCAGAACAUAUGCCCAUUACCAGGUAACGGAUUUAACUUUGGUUAUUGUCCGAAUAGUAUGUGCAAAAUUAGUGUGA